GGAACUUGGAACUAGCCCUUCAUAUUUGUCAGUGGUUGGGGUUUUAGUUUUUUAUUUCUAGGGUUUCGUUUCUCUCCUUCACUCCUUCAAUCCCUCCCUCCAUUAACCAAAACCCUUGAAGAAAAAUCUUGAGAAAGGAUGGGAAGAUACAGAAGUAGAAGCAGAAGUUACAGUCCUCAAUGGAGUAGAAGCCCUCUUCCUCCUCCUCCUCCUCCUCCUCCUCCUCCUCCUCCUCGUUCUUCUCGUAGUAGCAAGCGUGGUUACGAUGAUGAACCAAGAGAAUCUUAUCACAGACGCAGUAGUAGUCACAGAUCUUAUGGAAGCGAUAGAGAUAGUAGACGUUCUUCUGGUCCUACUGGUUUACUCAUUCGUAACAUCUCCCUUGAUGCCAGGGUUGAAGAUCUGCGGAUCCCAUUUGAACGUUUUGGUCCUGUCAAGGAUGUAUAUCUUCCUAAGAAUUAUUACACUGGAGAACCUCGAGGCUUUGGAUUUGUUAAGUUUCGCAACGCUGAUGAUGCAGCUGAAGCCAAGCAUCAAAUGAACCAUCAAGUCAUUGGUGGGCGAGAGAUUACAAUUGUCUACGCUGAAGAAAACAGAAAAACUCCACAAGAAAUGCGUAAGACCACUCGUGUCAGCAGUAGUGGUCAACAUGGAGGAGGGGGGCAUAGAAGGCGAUCACCACCAAGGUCCCCAAGACGUCGCCACCGCUCCUAUUCAAGAUCCCCUUCACCUGCUAGACGUGAAUCAAGAGGCAGGGAUCGUGGAUCGAGAGAUGACUAUUCUCCAAGACGUCCCAUCUCAAGGUCACCCGGGCGGUCCAUCUCAAGGUCACCAAAACGUCCUAUCUCAAGGUCACCUGAACGGUCCAUCCCCAAGUCACCAAGACGUCCCAUCUCCAAGUCGGCAAGACGUUCCAUCUCCAAGUCGCCAAGACGUCCUAUCUCAAGGUCACCUCCACGGGAUGAGAGGGACUAUGGAUCUGACCAAAGGUCACUUAGCCCUCCACUAGCCAAAGUUCGAAGUCGAUCAAGAUCUCAUGAAGAGAAGGACUACAGGCCAGAUCAGAGGUCACCUAGCCCUGAGGCUAAGGGUCAUAGUCCACCAAGGUCCUCGCGUGAUGCGAGGGACUAUGUAUCAAAUAGAAGGUCACAGAGUCCAGGAGUUAAUGGCCAGAGUCCCUCUAAAUCUCGUUCACCCAGCCGCAGUCCAUGAUAAAACUUCGAGACAUGAAGAAUGGGCUGAUCAUAGCAUGGAUUUCGUGAGUGGACGAACUUGCUGCUGGUGUUUCCUGAAAGCUAGCUUGUAAUAUUAUUUUUUUCAGUUGCAAGAACAAUAAACACAUUUAGGAUUUAUAUUGAUUUUCUUCCUUGUGUGAGAUUAAAAUAUGCAACUAGAAUGCUUCCAUGAAGGCUGCUUUUAUGGAUGCUAAUAUUUUCCAUUUUCCUUUACUUGUGUUCUUCCUUUGCUUUUCAUGUUCGAAAGCUGUUUAGUUAA